CCAUUCUUGAGUCACACCCUUUGCUGGUGACGUGAUUACGUAUGUUUACGCAAAGCUGGCGCUCCGGUUUCCUGGCGGAGAAGAUGGCGGCUCCUGGACCGGGGGAGUAUUUUAACGUUGGGAGCCAUGUCUCAUGUCUUACAUGCCUGGGACAGCGAUUGCAAGGAGAGGUUCUCGCCUUCGACUAUCAAUCGAAGAUGCUGACCUUGAAAUGUCCUGCGGCCAGUGGAAAGCCCAACCUGCAUGAUGUAGUCCUGAUCAACCUUGCCUACGUGUCCGAGGUCGACAUCAUCACUGACCGCACGGAAACCCCACCCCCGCUAGCCUCACUGAAUGUUAACAAGCUUGCCACUAGAGCUCGGAUGGAGAAGGAAGACAAGUUGUCUCAAGCUUAUGCAAUUAGUGCUGGAGUCUCUGUGGAUGGUCAGCAGCUGUUUCUGACUAUACACAAAACGAUCAAAGACUGCCGGUGGCAGGAGAAGAACAUCAUUGUGAUGGAUGACGUGGUCGUCUCCCCUCCCUACCAGGUGGACAACUGCAAGGGCAAAGAGGGGAGCGCUUUAAGUCACGUACGCAAAAUAGUUGAAAAGCAUUUCCGGGACGUAGAGAGUCAGAAGUCUCUCCCACGACCACAAGCACAGCAAACACAGAAGGACGCGUCCACGUUAUCAUCCUGAGCAGAGUGAACCAACCAACCAACCAACCAACCAACGCAACAGACAGACGAGAAAGAGCAACAACACCACCACGGCGAAGGCAGUUCCUCUCUUUCUUUUCAAUAUUUUUAUUUUUUUUUCUCCCAACUUUUAUUUGUCCGUUUCUGCUCUCCACGCCCUGAGCAGUGUCUCUGUCGGGGAGGGAAGGGGGUAGGCAGAAGUUGGAAGAGGUCACGAUGAGAUGUCAAAUGUCGAUCUGUUCUCGAGCGCAGUCAAGCGAGCCCUCCGAGAUCAGGAGGAGGGGGGAACUUAUUCCCCAAGGUUUUUUAUUAUUAUUAUUAUUAUUAUUUUUUUAGGAUAAUUAAAUUAAAUAAAUAUCUACUUUUCCCCUCUUCAGCUCAAUCACCUACCCUAUACCGCCCUCCUCCCUCCAGCCAAACACCUACCCUAUACCGCCCUCCUCCCUCCAGCCAAACACCUACCCUAUAC